AUGUCCAGACAUACCAUCGAAAUACCACUGAAGGAGUCGGCGGAUGAGGUAAUUGAACUCGAUUUGGAUGAACUGCCCGAUUGUCGGGAAGUGCUGCAGAUCUUGCAGUCAGAGACGGCACCUCUGAAUGUGUGGAUCCAAUUGGCAUUGGCGUACUAUAAGCAGAACUGCGACCAUGACUUCGUGCAGUUGCUGGAGAUGUCGCGUACGGACGCCUCGCUGUCCUAUCAGGACUACGAGAGGGAUCAGAUGCGAGCGUUGGACACUUUGGCCGCGUUUUACGUGUCAAAAGCCAAUCGCGAGAAAAAUCGCGACAAAAAGCGCGAACUCUUCGCUCAGGCGACGGUCCUCUACACGAAUGCCGACAAAAUCGUUAUGUAUGAGCCCAACCAUCUGGUCGGGAGGGCCCACUUCUGCCUGUCCGAGCCCGACAAAAUGGAGCAGGCUGAUGCACAGUUCACUUUCGUGCUC